AUGGGCGUCAAGCACUUUGGCCUGACGGGCCAGGCCCUGAGCAGGCUCCAGAUCGCGCUCAUCGUCGCCCCGUCCUUCAUCCUGUUCGGAUACAACCAGGCUGGAAUAGGAGGCCUGCUCACCGAGGAGGACUGGGUGAAGACGUUUCCUCAGAUCGACACCGUCCACUCGACGGGAGCUGAGAAGAGCCGUAAAUCGACGUUGCAGGGCUUUAUUGUUGGUGACAAGUUCGGCAGAAGAAACGUAAUCUUCUUUGCCUCCAUCUGCACAUUAAUCGGCGAGAUCCUCGAGGCGUCGUCUUUCGGGCUGGCCCAAUUCAUCGUCGGCCGCAUCAUCGUCGGCCUGGGCGUCGGCCAACUCUCCUCGAUCGUACCCGUAUGGAUGAGUGAGACGGCAGCUUCAGCGAACAGAGGGCGUCAAGUCGUUCUAACUGGUCUGUUCAUCUGUCUGGGUUACGUUCUCGAGUCGUGGAUCGACCUCGGCUUCUUCGAGUACCACCAUGGACCUAUCACCUGGCGGCCGCCGAUCGCCAUUGCCUGCUUUUCCUCGCUCGUCCUUAUGGCCUCCGUCUACCUGUUCCCGGAAUCGCCUCGUUGGCUGCUGAUGAAGGCCCACAACGAAGAGGCCCGCGCCAACCUCGCCAUCUUGCGCGCACGUGCUGGGGAUUCGAUGGAGGUCGAGGCUGAGAUGACGGGUAUUGAGCACUCGCUUGAGAUCACCAGCGCCGGCGGUGUGAAGUUUACCGACAUGCUCAAGAUGGGCGAGGAUAAGCUCCUCUACCGUUUCGGACUGUGUAUGCUGUUGCAGUUCUACCAGCAAAUGUCCGGAAGCAAUCUGAUCAGCGUGUACGCGCCGAUCUUGUUCCAGCAGAACCUGGGGCUCAGCCCCGAGUUGUCCCGCGUCCUCUCCGGCGGCGCGCUGACCUGGAAGUUCCUGUCGUCGUUCCUGGCCUUCCUGGCCAUCGACCGGUUCGGCCGCCGGGCCGUCUUCAUCGUCAGCGGCGGCGGCAUGGCGUGCUGCAUGGUCGCGCUCGCCGUAGCGACGUCGUUCGGCAAGGAGAACACGAGCGCCCAGAUCGCCGCCGGCUGCUUCAUCUAUCUUUACAACAUGUUCGUACCGAUUGGAUUUUUGGGUGCCAACUUCUUGUACUGCACCGAAGUCGCGCCCCUUCGUCUACGCAUGGCUAUGAGCUCGAUUUCUACGGCUAACCAUUGGCUUUGGAACUUCGUGGUGGUCAUGAUCACGCCCGUUGCCAUUAAUACAAUUGGCUGGCAGUACUACAUCGUGUUCGCGGUCAUCUCGGCCUGCGUCCCCGUGUCGGUGUACUUCCUGUUCCCCGAGACGAUGGGCCGCAACCUGGAGGAGAUCGACCUCAUGUUCAAGCAGUCGCCCUCGGCGUGGGGCACCGUCAGGUUCGCCAAGAACCGCCCCGUCGGCAUGCCGCAGGAGUUCGAGGAGGAUGAGAAGGGAGCUCCGGACGAUCUGGUCAAGCCUGUUCAUGAUGAAUAG